AUGGUGAAUAUUUUUGCUGCCUUGCACUACACUGAGGAAAGGCAGGGGGAUAAGGGUACCCCUCCCAAGUUUGGACGGGGAGCCGGAGGUGGACGACAGUCGGGAGUAGGCAGAGGGGCUCCGUCUAGGGGUGGCCCAGCUGGGAGAGGCCAGGGAGGAAAUUUCCAGAGGGGUUCAGGUUCGGCGUCCCGUGGACCUUGUGGGUACUGCAGAAAGCCAAAUCAUUCUGAGGACCACUGCUGGAAGAAAGAUGGGAAAUGUCUGCGUUGCGGAAGUGCAGACCACCAGCUUGCCACCUGCCCAAUCCUAAAGCAGGAUGGAAAAGGAAGUCAACCACCGUUAAAGACCAACGCUGGACCAGCUAAGGGAGAUGGGACGAAACCUAAGGUCGCGGCUCGAGUGUACUCAUUAGAGCCACAGCAGGUCCCAGAUUCCUCUAAGGUUGUAGAAGGUAUGAUCCCUAUAUUCCACCGCUCUGCAAAGGUUUUAGUAGAUCCCGGUGGCACCCAUUCCUUUGUUAACCCUAAUUUCAUAUAUGGCAUUGACAUAAAACCUACUAGUUUACCUUACGACCUAGAAGUUAGUACGCCUACAGGGGAUCAUCGUUUGGUUACUAGUAUGGUUUAUAAAGAUUGUGAAGUAUGGGUAGAAGAGAUGAGAUUGUUAGGGGAUUUGAUUAGCUUGUUUAUGAAGGGGUAUGAUGUAAUCUUGGGCAUGGACUGGUUAGCCAGGUAUAAUACACAACUGGAUUGUAAGAAGAAGGUGGUAGAAUUCCGCAUUCCUGGGGAGGCGACCCUAAGGUGCUAUGUUGCAAAGUAUGGAAUGUUUGAUGAUCUUGAUGCCUGGGUUUAA